GGGAUCUCUGCCAUGUCGAAAACAGUGAAGGACCUGACCGCAGGGACAGCAGGAGGCGUCGCCCAGGUGCUAGUCGGGCAGCCGUUCGACAUCGUGAAAGUGCGCAUGCAGACCGCGCCUGCUGGCACGUACAAGGGCAUGAUGCACUGUGCCGGCGGCAUCCUCAAGAACGAGGGCCCGCUCGCAUUCUACAAGGGCACGCUGACCCCGCUGCUAGGCAUCGGUGUGUGCGUGUCGAUCCAGUUCGGCGCGCUCGAGUACACGAAGCGCUAUUUCGCGCAGCAAAACGUCCUGAAGGGCCGCGGGGGCCCGGAUGGUAUGACCCUCGGGAGCGGGCAGCUGUUCACCGCGGGCGUCUUCGCCGGGCUCGCGAACGGCGUCGUCUCUGGCCCCGUAGAGCACAUCCGCAUCCGGCUGCAGACGCAGUCGGCGACGAACCCGGUGUACGCGGGCCCGUUCGACGCGAUGAAGAAGAUCUGGACGCAGCACGGCAUCGCGGGCAUCUACAAGGGCCAGGUCGUCACGCUCUGGCGCGAGGCGACCGGCUACGGCAUCUACUUCUGGGCGUACGAGAAGCUCAUGCAGCGCGAGAUGGCGCAGAAGGGCAUCCGCCGCGACCAGGUGCAUCCCGCGAACGCGGUGCUCUUCGGCGCCGGCGCCGGCUAUGCUUUGUGGGCGGUGAUAUACCCUAUCGAUAUGAUCAAGUCGCGGAUGCAGACGGAUGGGUUCUCGCCCUCGACCGGGCAAAAGUACAAGUCGACGCUGGACUGUGUGCGCACGGUAUGGCGCACGGAGGGCUUCUCCGCGUUCACGCGUGGACUCGGCCCUACACUCAUUCGGUCGCCGUUCGCGAACGGCGCGACAUUCCUGGGUUUCGAGCUGGCGAGCCGGCUGCUCAACAACACAGUAUGAAAUCCACGAUAUACAGGCCUCAUUUCGUGAUAUCCAGC